ACCACAGACUGCACUACCGAGACCAUGCCCAAGACCAUCUACUUUACGCGACAUGCCCAGGCCGAGCACAACGUCGCUGAAGAUUACUCGAUCCCCGACGCACCCCUCACAAAGCUCGGCCGCGAGCAGAGCCGCAACUUGCGCAACGAGACCGAGGACGACUUCCAGAAGGACGCCGACCUCAUCGUCUCGUCGCCGCUCCGUCGCCCGAUGCAGACCAUGAUCAUUGGCUACGCCCCGCUGCGCGAACGCCUCGAACGCGCAGGCAAGCCCGUCGUCAUCAUGCCUGAGCUGCAGGAGGUCAACGCCCUCCCUUGCGACACCGGCUCGGACCGCGCCACCCUCGCCUCCGACCCCGAGUUCACCGGCCUCGACCUCUCGCCCCUCGAGCCGUCCCCGACACCCGAGCACUGGGCGGGCGCCUCGUCGUGGACGAGCAAGGAGGGCAUCUUUGCGCCCGAGCGCGUCGAGGAGCGCGCGAGGUGGGUCAGGAGGUGGCUGCGCGACCGCAGCGAGGACAAGAUUGUCGUCGUCGCGCAUGGCGACAUCUUGAGGUGCUUGACCGAGGGCAGGAGGUCGGCGACGCCCUGGGCCAACGCCGAGGUGCGCGCCUACACCUUCUCGACCGACCCGGCCCACGCCGACGACGCCGUCGUCGUCCCCGUGCGCGAGGUCGCCAAGGAGGGCUCGGACGAGCCGACGACGAGCGACAUGGCCAACGGGAGGGCUUAGAGCGCCCGCGAGGAGGAGGGCGAGCGUGCGAGGAGGAGGAGGGCGCAGAGUCGAGCGUAGACGCAGCUAGAGCGAGAGGACGUGUCAAUACUGCCUGUCACAGCG